AUGGAUACCAUCUUGGUUUUCAGCCUGAUCAUCACAUCCUAUGAUGCUACCAAAAAAGAACUCAGGGAUAGCAGCUGCCAAGUGGGACCACUGCCCGAUCUCUUCCCAAAGGAUGUGAGAAGCAUCAGAGCUGAGCUAACUCGAGAAGCUCAGGCAGAAGCCAAAAGGCCCACAUUCAUCCAAAACCAGACUGUGGCUACCUUGCAGUGUCUUGGUUCUGGGAGCAAAGUGAAAGUUAACCUUGUACAUUCAGGAAAAAGGCAAAAGGUCAAGCACAUUCUGAAGAACCUGAGAGUCAUGACUGUUCCCUGCAGAAACAGCACGGCCCCCCCAAGCUGCUACCUAACUCCUGCAUCCAAGGUUCAGGCUGGAUUCCUUGUGAUGGGCAAAGCUUUUUUACCAGGGGUCUCUCAGUGUAAGGUCUAUCCAGUGAUGGGGGCUUCAUCAGAAACUUAUCCCUCCACUAGUACCUCCAUAACUCCUGGAAAAAAAGGAGAGAAAACUACAAAGAUUGAUGACACAGAUGAGAACCUGGAGAGGAGGAGGAAAUGGAGCAUCGUGGUCAAAGUUCUGAUUGCAGUCACCUUGUUUGUCAGUGGAAUCGCCAUCACCGUGUUCGUCAUUUUUGAGGUCCCAUUCCCUAGUGGAUGCCAACGAGUCAGAAAGCUAUGCCAGUGCCAGCGGUUGUGGAGAAGGCCAAGGAAGGAAGACCAGCAAUCUGGGACAGCUGAAUCCCAGCCUGACUCUCAGCCCAAAAAGGAAAGUGUUGAACAAGAUGCUCCCAGUUCAUCAAGUCCCAAGAAAGCUGUAGAGAUCACCGUGGUUCGCCAGACAUACUUCUGAAAAGUUCUGCUCUGCCUCACAUGUUGGAAGAAGGAUAGUACACUGUCUUCUCCCUACUAUUAAUCAAUACGGGCAGAUUCUUGCUAAUUUUACCCUCCUAUCUUCAGCGGGAACAUUACGAUCAGACAGCAAUGCCAGAUCAGUGAGGAGAAAGCCCGGACUUAUAGUCAGAGUUACUCUAAUGUAUUUUCUACUGACUCAGCCACAAGCCUUUGAAAUUCACUUGGAACUCAAACGAAAAAUGGGUAUUUUUUCAUCUCAUCAAAUGAAAACAAAAGGUCUUCCC